AUAUAUAUAUAAACACCGUAAACCUUUGAGGAUCGGCUCUUUUCCUUAGCUGCUACCGGCCGUGUCUUUCAUCCGGGAAGCUUUCUUUCCAACUCUCAAAUUGUUGGCCAAAGAUUUAAUCAGAUUGUCGUUCUGCAUCCUUUAACAAGGUAAGCUGAAUUCCUUUUCCUCUGUUAAAUUACCUCCAUCUCUUCUUUUCUCUUUGAACUCUUAGAUUCUUCCUCCCAGAAUCAUUCAGAUUAUAACAUCUUCAAUCAACUAUGAUUCAAGGUAAGCUUGAUUAUUUCUUUCUCUGUAAUCGUUCUUCCUUACCUCUGUGAGUAUAGGUGAUGGUGGCUGAGUUUUUUUUUUUGCUAUUAUAGUUUAAUUAGAGGCAUCUUAAACAGAGAUGCGAAUUUUGCAAAAUUAAUCAUUGGUUUAAAAUUUUAUCUACAGCCUAUUCAUUCUUCCACUACGUGAUUUUAUGAUUUAGCAGAUUUAAUCCUUCUUUUGGAAUCAGCAUUUACACCUUAGUGUUUUAAUUCAAAUUUUGACUUUAAAGGGGCUGGUUAGUUCGGAUGUUAAACUAAACUUUGGUUUAGUAAAUUUCCACCAGUUAAUAUGAAGUAGCCGUCCAGCAGUCAGUAGUUAGUAUAGAAAAUUUCAGUUUGUCGUUAAUUGAGAAAGUUUCAGUUUGGAGUUGAUAUGGAGAGUUUUCAGUUUUUGGUUCAAUUUAGGUUGCACCAGUUUGUAAACCACAUAAGCAACGUGAUUUCUGAAACGGUGCACCUGCGCACAUAGUGAUAAUUUUUAUUUGAUCCUAGCAGUAAGGAAGGAUUUUCUUCCUCCAGUAAAUUCUAAUUAUAUUAUAUAUUUAAGUUGAGAGUUUUAAGAAGAGCUUACCGGAAGACGUUAUCAAGGUGCCAUCCAUAUCUGAGUAAUUUGAGUUCAGCUUUGACAGAUACUAAGGGUAAGGCCAAGGCCUAGGAAGACGAUGAGAGAGUGGGACGCGUGCCAAGAUGAGUUAACGGGAACGACCUUGGCGGCUCCUAGCUAGUUUAUUCUAUUGAAGUGUUUCAGUUUUAUAAAAAGUGAUUGAUAUUAUUUGAUUAAGUUUGAAGUAUUUAUUUCGAUUAUUUGAAGUUUGAAUAAAUUCCUGGAUCCAGGUGGUUAUUACAUUUGCUGGUGAUAACUAGAGUUUUAUUGAGUUUUAUUUGGAGUUAAAUUUUAGUUAUAUUUGAGAAUUUAUCAGGGUUAUUUCUUAAACAAACGGCCGUUAUAUUGCAGUUUAUUUUUAAGAAGUAGUAAGUUUGUGUAGCGUUUCCUUUAACCCUGAGAGGGGCGUUACAAAUUUGGUAUCAGAGCCCAGGUUGUCCCGUAACUUCAUUUGUCAUCGUACACGUGCUCAUCAUCUUCCAAGUAAGCAUUUAAAGUCAAGUUUUAAAUUCUGUACAUGAGCAAAAGUUUAUUUGAUGGAGAAUAAAAGUAAGGAUAUAUUGCCAAAGUUUUAGUAAUGUGUAUGGCACAUAAAUAAAAGUUUAUAUUUAGGUGCCUUACGAAAAUGAGGAGAACCCGUGGUCGUCCAGUAGGUGGCAGCAAUGCUCAAGGAAGCAGUAAUGAGCAAGGAAACAAUCACGAGCAAGAUUUGGCAGGUAUUGUAGCGCAACUUCAGAGGCUGUUGUAGGAGCAGCAACAGACUAUCGACCGUUUGACCGCGAACAAUCAAAGGGGCGGUGGUGGAGGAAAUGCUGGAGAUAAUCAAGCUAUGGGAAAUGGAGCACCAAGACGAGAACCUCUGAUGAUCACUUGGAGGAAGAUCAAGCCCGCAGAUUUUGAGGGGGGUCCCGACCCUCUAGCUGCUCAGGGAUGGCUGAAGACCAUUGAAGGCAUUGCUAAUGGUUUGGAAUUAGCAGAUAAUGACAAGGUUCGAUGUGCGUCUUAUAGCCUCACCAUGGAUGCUCGAAUAUGGUGGGAGACUGUGGAAACAAGGUAUAACGUUGCGCAGAUGACAUGGGAGCAGUUCAAAGAGGAGUUCACCAACCAGUAUUUCAAUGCUAGUGUCACACGUAAGUACCAGGAUGAGCUUCAGAAUCUACGUCAGGGAACCAUGGAUGUAGCAACCUUGGCGGCACAAUUUCAGAGACUACUACGUAUUUGCCCUACAGCUGCUCCGACAGAGAGGGAUAAGGUGAAGUUGUUCCUGAAAGCCCUUAGGAAGGAUAUAACAGUUCACUUGGAGAACGGUAACCAGACCCCAGCUACAUUAGUUGACUGUGUCCUUAUAGCAAGUCAAGAGGAGUACUACCUUCCUACCAAUCCAGUGCCCGCUCAGCCGCAACCUAUGUCAUCACAGCCACAGAAUCAGCCACAGGGAUACACGAAUAAUUCGAAGAAUAACAAGAAGAGGAGCUUCAAGGGCAGUAAUGGAAAAGGAGCUGGACAUCAUCUGGGACACCAGAAUAAGCAGGUGAAGUUUCCGUCGUGUGCUAAAUGUGGCCGCAAUCAUCCCGACCAAUGCAGAUUGGGUUCCAGAGUUUGCUACUCUUGCGGUCUAGAGGGUCACAUCUCCAGAGAAUGUCCAAGAAAGAAUCAGCAAGGCUAUCAGUUUGUCCAGAUGCCAAGAAAUUCAGCACCUUCAGCGGUUGUCCAUAAUAUGCAGGCUUAUCUAGAAGGACCAUCCAUCCAGCAAGGACGCCUUGAGGCACCACCAGAGGCCCCGGUUGCUAGAGUGUUCACCAUCUCAAAGGAAGAGGCAUCUAUAAAUCCCAGCGUUGUCACAUGUCAGAUACUUGUUCUAAACAGAUAUGCUAAUGUGUCAUUUGACACAGGAGCCACACAUUCCUUUGUAUCUCUUGAGUUUGCUAGAUCCUUAGCAGCACAUCAAGAUAAGUUAGAUUAUAAGUUCACCACAUCACUUCCGUCAGGAGAGAUCAUGUUGUCGACUCAUUGGUUACGAGCAGUGCCAAUGAGCAUUUCAGGAAGAGAGUUAUUUGUAGAUCUGAUCGUGCUCGACAUGAGGGAUUAUGAUGUGAUCCUCGGCAUGGAUUUUCUGCAGAAGUAUAGCGCUUCAAUUAUAUGUCGAAAAAGAAUUGUUAGUUUUGCGCCUGCAGGGUCUGAUCCUUUCUUGUUCCUUGGGGAACCAAAAGGAUCAGGGAAGGUGAUGAUUUCUGCAUUGCAAGCAAGGAGACUUAUUCGGAGUGGAUGUGAAGCUUUCUUAGCUCACAUAGUAGACAAGAACUCAGGGGAACUCACCCAGCUUUCUGAAGUUCCAAUUGUGAUGGGUUACAAUGAUGUAUUUCCCGAAGAUCUUCCAGGAUUACCACUGAGUAGAGAGAUUGAGUUCGAGAUUGAGUUGCUGCCCAGUACCGCACCGAUAUCUAGAGCACCAUAUCGAAUGGCCCCAACGGAGUUACAGGAACUCCACAAGCAGCUACAGGAGUUGCUAGAGAAGGGUUUCAUUCGACCCAGUUACUCACCGUGGGGAGCUCCAGUAUUAUUCGUGAAGAAGAAGGAUGACACAAUGAGGUUGUGCAUAGAUUAUAGAGAGCUCAAUAAAGUGACUAUCAAGAAUAGGUAUCCCCUGCCUAGGAUUGAUGACCUGUUUGGCCAGUUGAAGGGCGCGAUGAUUUUCUCCAAGAUUGACCUUCGUUCAGGGUAUCAUCAGCUAAGAAUCAAAGAAGAAGACAUCCCGAAAACAGCGUUCAGGUCGCGGUAUGGACACUAUGAAUUUGAGGUUAUGCCUUUCGGCCUAACUAAUGCUCCAGCGGCGUUUAUGGAUCUGAUGAAUAGAGUAUUCAAGGAGUUUCUUGACAAGUUUGUCAUUGUUUUCAUUGAUGAUAUUUUAAUCUACCCAAAGUCAAAGAAGGAGCAUGAAGAACACUUGAGAGAAGUACUGGAGACACUGAGAAAACAUAAGCUAUAUGCUAAGUUUUCAAAGUGUAAGUUCUGGCUUGACCAUGUAGCAUUCCUUGGCCACGUAGUUUCAAAGCAGGGAGUUUCGGUGGAUCCCUCAAAGGUGGCGGCUGUUCAAGAUUGGAGCAGGCCAAAGAAUGCGAAAGAAGUUCGAAGUUUCUUAGGCCUUGCGGGGUAUUAUAGGAAGUUUGUGGAAGGCUUCUCUGCUAUAGCUCUUCCAUUGACUACCUUGACCCGUAAGGGUAAGAAAUUUGAGUGGACUGAUCGUUGUGAGAAGAGUUUCCAAGAGCUGAAAAAUAGGUUGACAUCUGCACCCGUCUUAGCACUCCCAGAAGGUAAGGAAGGGUUUGUUAUCUACACAGACGCAUCGAAGAUGGGACUUGGAGCAGUUCUUAUGCAAAAUGAACGCGUUAUUGCGUAUGCAUCUCGGCAACUCAAGGAGUAUGAGGCAAAUUAUCCCACCCAUGAUUUGGAGUUAGCAGCGGUGAUUCAUGCCUUGAAGAUUUGGAGGCAUUACUUGUAUGGAGUCCAGUGCAAGAUCUUCACUGAUCAUAAAAGUUUAAAAUAUAUAUUCAAGCAGAAGGACCUCAACAUGAGGCAAAAAAGGUGGCUUGAGCUAGUGAAAGACUAUGAUUGUGAGAUCCUUUAUCACCCGGGAAAAGCCAACAAGGUAGCAGAUGCACUUAGCAGAAAGUCUUCUGCAACAUUAAUGGUUAUGAUGGUAAUGGAUCCAAAGGUGAGAAAGGAAAUUGAAGAUUUUGAGUUAGAGAUUGUAAAUGGGCGACUAACGGCUAUGACAGUGACUCCAACAAUAUUUGAGAACAUAGCUAUGAAGCAAGAACUUGAUCCUGAGUUAGUUAAGUUGAAGGAGUGCGUCAAGGAGGGAAAAUGUCCCGAAUUCCGUUUGGAUGAGAGUGGAAGAUUAUUACUUCAAAACAGGAUGUGCAUUCCAUACGUCGAGGGGUUGAGGAAGCAAAUUAUGAAGGAGGCUCAUGACACACCAUUCACUAUGCAUCCUGGUUCGACCAAGAUGUACCAUGACUUGAAGAAAAACUUUUGGUGGUCAGGGAUGAAGAAAGAUGUUGCGAAAUUCGUCCAAUCCUGUUUGACGUGUCAACAAGUAAAGGCUGAACAUCAAAGACCAGGUGGAGAACUUCAGCCUAUACAGAUUCCAGAGUGGAAAUGGGAUGAGAUAUCCAUGGACUUUAUUAUGGGUUUACCGAAGACAACUGGAGGUUAUGACGCUAUAUGGGUUAUAGUGGACAGAUUGACUAAAUCUGCUCAUUUUAUCCCAAUUUCAGCAAGUAUAUCUUUGGAGAAGUUGGCAAAAUUAUAUAUUCAGGAGAUUGUGAGACUGCAUGGUGUCCCGAAGAGUAUUAUUUCUUAUAGAGAUUCCAGAUUUACCUCUCACGUUUGGAAGUGCGUACAACAAUCAUUGGGCACGAAGUUGAAGUUUAGUACCGCUUUUCAUCCUCAGACCGAUGGUCAGACAGAGAGGACAAACCAGAUUUUGGAGGAUAUGUUGCGGGCAUAUGCACUAGAUUUUCAAGGAGGAUGGGUGAAAUACCUAAGUCUGGCGGAGUUUGCUUAUAAUAAUAGUUAUCAAGCAACCAUCGGCAUGGCUCUGUAUGAGGCGUUGUAUGGGAGAAGGUGUAGAUCUUCCAUAUCAUGGUAUGAAACAGGAGAAAAGAAGGUCCUAGAAGAGGAACUGCAAGGGAGGACUGAGUUGAUAGAUGAGACCUCAGAAGCUAUUAAGACUAUCCGGCAAAGGAUAGAAUCUGCCUAGUGCAAACAGAAAAGUUAUGCAGAUGUUCGGAGAAGACCUCUAGAAUUCGAAGUGGGGGAUUAUGUUUUCGUUAAAAUAGCCCCGAUGAAGGGAGUGAUGCGGUUUGGAAAGAAAGGAAAGCUUAGCCCAAGAUUCACCGGACCAUAUGAGAUCACUAGACGAGUGGGAAAGGUAGCUUAUAAGCUCGCGCUACCUGAAGAGUUUUCUGGCAUUCAUAAUGUCUUCCAUGUUUCGAUGUUGAGGAAAUACUUUGCGGAUCCGGAGCAUGUUUUGAUACCACCAUCAAUAGAAGUGCAACAGGAUUUGUCUUACGAGGAGAAGCCAGUAAAAAUUUUUGACCGUGAGGUCAGACGUCUUCGGAAUAAAGAGAUAGCUCUAUUAAAGGUGUUGUGGCGAAAUGACAAAGUAGAAGAGGCGACUUGGGAAGUUGAGAACGACAUGAAACGUCGUUAUCCUGAAUUGUUCUAAGUUUCGAGGACGAAAUUUUUAUAAGGUGGGAGGGGUUGUAACACCCCGAAUUUAGCGAUCUAGUUACAUUAAUCUUUUAUUUUAUUUAGUUAGCUGAAUAAGUUUAUUUUAUGAAUAAUGUGAUUUAUUGUUUGAUCAUGUGUUAUUCUGGUAGGUAACGUUGACCGGUAAGCUCUAAUAAUUUUAACUGGAAAAAAAGAAGUAAUGUUGUAAAGCUUAAUCAGUUUAUUUUGAAAUAGAAAAUACUUUUAAUGCGUUAGAAACAUUUUUGGAGAUAAUUAGAAGCCCAAUUCAGUUAACUAAGCCCAAAUCCCUAGAAAGGCAAAAUAGAAUAUAUAUAAACACCUUAAACCUUUGAGGAUCGGCUCUUUUCCUUAGCUGCUACCGGCCGUGUCUUUCAUCCGGGAAGCUUUCUUUCCAACUCUCAAAUUGUUGGCCAAAGAUUUAAUCAGAUUGUCGUUCUGCAUCCUUUAACAAGGUAAGCUGAAUUCCUUUUCCUCUGUUAAAUUACCUCCAUCUCUUCUUUUCUCUUUGAACUCUUAGAUUCUUCCUCCCAGAAUCAUUCAGAUUAUAACAUCUUCAAUCAACUAUGAUUCAAGGUAAGCUUGAUUAUUUCUUUCUCUGUAAUCGUUCUUCCUUACCUCUGUGAGUAUAGGUGAUGGUGGCUGAGUUUUUUUUUUUUUUUUUUUUUGCUAUUAUAGUUUAAUUAGAGGCAUCUUAAACAGAGAUGCGAAUUUUGCAAAAUUAAUCAUUGGUUUAAAAUUUUAUCUACAGCCUAUUCAUUCUUCCACUACGUGAUUUUAUGAUUUAGCAGAUUUAAUCCUUCUUUUGGAAUCAGCAUUUAAACCUUAGUGUUUUAAUUCAAAUUUUGACUUUAAAGGGGCUGGUUAGUUCGGAUGUUAAACUAAACUUUGGUUUAGUAAAUUUCCACCAGUUAAUAUGAAGUAGCCGUCCAACAGUCAGUAGUUAGUAAAUUUCAGUUUGUCGUUAAUUGAGAAAGUUUCAGUUUGGAGUUGAUAUGGAGAGUUUUCAGUUUUUGGUUCAAUUUAGGUUGCACCAGUUUGUAAACCACAUAAGCAACGUGAUUUCUGAGAUGGUGCACCUGCGCACAUAGUGAUAAUUUUUAUUUGAUCCUAGCAGUAAGGAAGGAUUUUCUUCCUCCAGUAAAUUCUAAUUAUAUUAUAUAUUUAAGUUUAGAGUUUUAAGAAGAGCUUACCCGAAGACGUUAUCAAGGUGUCAUCCAUAUCUGAGUAAUUUGAGUUCAGCUUUGACAGGUAAGUUCACUACCACCUGUACAUGUUUGUUCAACCAAAUAAAAGAAAGAAGUCUGAUUGAUUUUUGAUAGAUGAUUUUAGACUAUAUGCUAUUAUGUGAACCUGGUGAAUUAUUUGCUGAGUUAUUUAUUUGUUGUAUUAAGUCAUGUUUAUUAUCUGGCGUAGUCAAGAUUUUGUCAGUACUUUUGUUUUCAGAUUUAUUGAUGUUUAUUUAAACGUCAUCAUGAAAAGAAAAAAAUUAAAACUUAAAGUGAAAGAUUAAGUGAUAUGUACUCGGGAACAAGUUCUCACAGAGUUACACAGUUAUCAGUUUCAGAGAGUCCGAUAUGUUUAGUGGGUCGCUCCCCUGAACUGUCGGAUUGGCGCCUUUGAGUACAUAUCAUGGGCCCACAGAGUAAAAUUAGCCACAAAGAGUUUUACAGAAAGUUUAUGAGAUUUUUUUCAGAAAGUUGUUUUUGAGAUCUCCCUCAGAAUGUAUUUGAGAAGUUAUACAACAACAACAACAUCCCAGCCUUAGUCCAAAACGAUAUUGGGGUCGGCUAACAUGAAUCGAUACAUGAUAUCAUCCAAAAGAAAAGAAAGGAAAUAAAGAUAAAAAAGAUAAACUAUUAUAAAAAAGAUAAUAUAAAAUAGAUGAAUAUAAAUAUAAAAGAUAAAAUAAAAUGAUAAAGUAAUGUUUAUAUAUAAGGAUAAAAAUAUAAAAGAAAAAGAAAAAGAAGAAGAAGAAGAAAAGAGGGGAAAAGAUGAUACAAUAUCACUCCUCCACACGAAUACCCGCCCUCCAUUUCGCUCUCUCCAAAGCCAUACUCUCAUCCAAUCCAAGAAGAAGCAUAUCACUUCUGACUCCCCUAGCCCACGUCUGUUUGGGCCUUCCUCUCCCUCUCUUCCCUGCCUCUUCUCCACACAUCUCCACUCGUCUAACAGGUGCAUCAAUCGGUCUCCUAUGCACAUGACCAAACCAUCGUAGGCGCGACUCCCGCAUCUUAUCUUCAAUAGGUGCUACUCCCACCCUUUGUCUGAUUGUCUCAUUCCUCACACGAUCCUUUUUAGUAUGCCCGCACAUCCAACGCAGCAUGCGCAUCUCUGCCACACUCAUCUUUUGAAUGUGACAUUGUUUCACCGUCCAACACUCCGUGCCAUACAGUAGUGCAGGCCUAAUUGUUGUCCUAUAAAAUUUACCCUUCAGUCUAGUCGGCAUACCUCGAUCACAUAGAAAUCCUGACGCACUCUUCCACUUCAUCCACCCUGUUCUGAUUCUAUGGGAUACAUCUCCAUCUAACUCACCGUCCUUCUGAAUUAUGGAGCCCAAGUAACGGAACAUAUCGCUGACCGGUAUCUCCUUACCAUCUAAAGUAAUUCCGCUAUUACCACUGCUUCUACCUCCACCAAACUUGCACUCCAUGUACUCUGUCUUGCUCUUACUUAGUCUGAAACCCUUGUUCUCCAAUGUUUGUCGCCAUACUUCCAACUUUGCUUUAAUCCCUGAUUGUGUCUCAUCAAUCAAUACAAUAUCGUCGGCAAACAUCAUGCACCACGGUAUAUCAUCUUGAAUUGACUUUGUAAUUUCAUCCAUGACUAUGGCAAAUAAAAAAGGGCUCAGAGCCGAUCCUUGGUGCACUCCGAUAGUAAUUGGGAACUCCGCAGUCCUCCCUACACUAGUACGGACACUUGUAGUACAAUCCUCAUACAUAUCCAUGAUGAUGCUGAUAUACUUCCAUGAAAUGCCUUUUCUAGUUAAGGCCCACCAAAGAACUUCUCGAGGUACCCUAUCAUAUGCCUUUUGUAAGUCAAUGAACACUAAAUGCAAAUCCUUGUGAGCGUCUCUAUACUUCUCCAUAAGUUGCCGAAGAAGGUGAAUAGCCUCAGUUGUUGAGCGACCAGGCAUAAAACCGAAUUGAUUCUCUGAAAUCUUCACUGUUCUUCGAAGUCUUUGCUCAAUCACUCGCUCCCAAAGUUUCAUGGUAUGACUCAUAAGCUUAAUCCCUCGAUAGUUGACACAUUCUUGUACAUCACCUUUAUUCUUAAAUAAGGGAAUAAGAGUACUCUUUCUCCAACUCGUUGGCAUCUUGUUGUUUCUCCAAAUCUUGUUGAAGAAAUUUGUUAACCACUCGAUGCCUCUCUCUCCCAAACUUCUCCAAGCCUCAAUCGGUAUGCCAUCUGGACCCACUGCUUUCUUCCGCCCCAUCUUUCUCAGAGCCUCUUUAACUUCCGUUGGUUGGAUCCUUCUCACAAAAUCACGAUUUACCAUACAAUCUGGUAUGGUCAAAUCACCAAUAUCUUGCACUUUGUUCCCGUUGAACAAUUUGUCAAAGUAUGACCUCCACCUCUCUUUUAUCUCUCUGUCCUCCAUUAAUAUCCUUUGAUCGACAUCCUUCACACACUUAACUUUUCCGAUAUCUUGAGUCCUACGAUCAUGAAGACGAGCAAGUUUAUAGAUAUCUUGUUCUCCUUCCUUAGAGUCCAAUUUUUCAUACAACUCCUUGUUCACUUUCCCUUGUGAUUCCUUUACGGCUUUCUUUGCUUGUCUUCUAGCCUCCUUGUAUGCUUCUAUGUUCUCAUCACUCCGACUUGUCCCCAGCUUUUUGUAGCAAUAUCUUUUGUUCCUUAUGGCUUGUUUCACCUCAUCAUUCCACCACGACGUGUCCUUUUUGGGUGGCAGACAUCCUUUAGAUUCUCCAAGUACCUCCUUUGCCACUUUGUUGAUGGUCAGCUCCAUCGAUAACCACGCAUCCUCCACAUGUGUUCCAUUAUCAAUACGCCAUACAUCUUCACCGAACAUUUUGUGUGCAAAGCUUUGUUGAAGAUCUCCCUCAAGCCUCCACCACUUUAUCUUUGGCUCCACUUGUUGCUUAACUUGUCUUCUAUGGUUCUUACCUCGAAAGUCAAGCACAAGCAUCCUAUGUUGAGUGACAACACUCUCACCUGGGAUAACCUUACAAUCGGUGUAGCUAGUUCUCCGAGUAGUCCGUACUAAGAAGUAGUCAAUUUGGGUACUAUUAGCUCCACUUCUAUAGGUUACAAGGUGAGAGUCUCUUUUCCUAAACCAAGUGUUCAUUAUAGCCAACUCAUACGUCGAGGCAAAAUCCAAAAUGUUCUUUCCUGCUUCAUUUCUAGUGCCAAAACCAUGUCCGCCAUGAAUACUCUCAAAGCCAUCACGGCUCGAGCCCACAUGCCCGUUGAGGUCGCCUCCUAUGACCAACUUCUCUCCCCUUGGCACUCGCCGCACCACUUCUUCAAGAUCUUCCCAAAACUGUUGAGUCGUAGAUGCAUCCAAUCCCACUUGUGGUGCAUAGGCACUUAUCACAGACACAAUCUCACCCCUCAUCACCAAUUUAAUGCUCAUGAUACGAUCGUUCUUCCUGAAGACUUCUACCACAUCUUCAACAUAGUCACGCGCCACAAUAAUGCCUACCCCAUUCCUGGUCUUAUCUCUCCCCGAAUACCACAACUUAAAACCUCCAGGAUUAAUCUCACGUGCUUUCUCUCCAACCCAUUUAGUUUCUUGCACACACAUAAUGCUGAUAUUCCUCCUGCUCAUAACUUCGACUACCUCGGAAGAUCUGCCUGUAAGAGACCCAACAUUCCACGUCCCAAAGCGCAAUCUAGCACUCCACCUUAUGUUCUUAGCCCCGCCUCGGACCCCACCAUGCCCGUGCAUAUUUGACAUCAUCCUCAGGCAAUGGGAUGACGCGCCGCUUCCGGGCGACGACCUAGCAACCUUAGCAUUCUUAUCACCACACCCAGGCCUAUGAAGUGUAGCGCACCCUUGCAUAUUUGACACCACCCCCAGGCGGAGGGAUGACGCGUCGCUUACGGGCGACGACCUAGCUGUAGCGAUAUUCAUAUUUCGAUUCAUGUCAUGUGAUGUGACUAGGUAAUACUGUUAUGUGUUAGUUAAUUGUUCAGUGCAUGCUUAUAGCCUAAAUUUAUCUAUUGAUAAAUUGGUCUAGACUUCUAGAUAUUUUUGUGGAUUCAUAGUGACUUACUAAGCGUAAAGCUUAUCAGUUUCUUUCUUCGCAUGUACAGAUACUAAGGGUAAGGCCAAGGCCUAGGAAGACGAUGAGAGAGUGGGACGCGUGCCAAGAUGAGUUAACGGGAACGACCUUGGCGGCUCCUAGCUAGUUUAUUCUAUUGAAGUGUUUCAGUUUUAUAAAAAGUGAUUGAUAUUAUUUGAUUAAGUUUGAAGUAUUUAUUUCGAUUAUUUGAAGUUUGAAUAAAUUCCUGGAUCCAGGUGUUAUUACAUUUGCUGGUGAUAACUAGAAUUUUAUUGAGUUUUAUUUGGAG